AGCUAUGGGCGAGCCCUCAGAUUUGAUCCAUCUUGACAACAGAUAAUCGUGGCAAUGCAGGAAGUGACCUAGAGGCCUUACAGAUACAUUUGUGCUUUUGUCGCUCUAAUCUGCAUCCGCGGAGAACAGCGAGAUCUGGAAGCACACUUGUUUCCGCGGUGAGUAAUAUCUACCUCAGCCAGCAGACGGGGAGAAACCAGGAAGCUGCUGGAGACUUCAGACAGGCAGACAGAGCUAUCAGCUGGCCGCUUGCUCACUGCCUGCAGAGUCCUGCUUUGUGAAGAGGAUUUGAGACGGACUGGAUCUGUCUGCCCUUUGCCUCCCGCAGCUCCUCUGCCAGCCAGUGCACGAGAAGAGCCCAAACCACAUCCUCUGAUUCCAGCAUUUACUUACUUGUUGUUUUUGUUUUAUUACAGUCAUUUUUUCCCUCAGUGCUGUUGACCAGUGUCUCAUUUUCCUUGGAUUUCAUUUUUCCUCUCAGCUUUUAAAAGAAUUUUCUACUUUUAUUAGUGCAGGCUGGCAUAGGUUUAUAUAUGUACAUACAUAUGUGUAUAUACUCUAUAUACUGUAUGAAGAAGGAUUUUUUUCCCACUCUGAAGGAAAGUUAAUGCACUUUAAAACUUGGCUGUAGUGUCACUUUAAUUAUGGAGUGUUUUUGACUUUUCCUCCCCUAUUAUGAUCAUUUUGUUUAAAGCUGGAAACAGAGAAUCUGAAGGUGUGUCUGUGCUGUUUUUUAAGCUGGGCUGGACGGAUCUGCAGCAGGGCUGCAUCUAAGCAUUUCACUCAGCCUGCUUGUCUUUUUGAUCGCCCUCCGACCUCACCCAAGUCUGUGCUGCCUCUCUUCUAGGCACACUGAGAUGAGCCUCUGGCAGGUGAAAUCCUUGAGCUGUCUUUUAAUGUAACUUGAACAGUUUCAGGACCAUUGGGUUUGGUGUUUUUGUAAAGAGGACAAGAGCACUUUGCGGGGGAAAAAACAAACUAAAAACAACAGCUUCCGGUGCCGUUGCACCACUUAUGUAUUGUUGUAGUGCGCAGGAAAGUAAAAUGGACUAUAAGCGUCGCUUUUUGCUUGGCGGGUCCAAGCAGAAAGUGCAACAGCACCAGCAGUACCAGAUGCCUGAGCUGAGCCGGACCCUGAGCGCCUCCCUGGCCUCCUCUUGCUCGGCCUCUUCGCCCAUGGGCAGCGGGGUGGGCAUGCCUGGCACCUGCCACCCACCUCCUUCUGGCGCCACUACCGCGGUUGCAGACAUCCAGCAGGGCAUUUCCAAAUAUCUGGAUGCCCUCAAUGUGUUCUGCAGGGCCAGCGCCUUCCUCACAGACCUGUUCAGCAGUGUGUUCAGGAACUCUCACUAUUCCAAAGCAGCUAUGCAACUGAAGGACGUGCAGGAACACGUCAUGGAGGCGGCCAGCAGGCUGACUGCAGCAAUAAAGCCUGAGAUCGCCAAGAUGCUGAUGGAGCUGAGCGCCGGGGCCGCCAACUUCAAAGACCAGAACGACUUCAGCCUGCAGGAUGUUGAGGUGCUGGGUCGGUGCUUCCUCACGGUGAUGCAGGUCCAUUUCCAGUUUCUAUCACAGGCUUUACAGAAGGUCCAGCCUGUGGCUCAGUCCUGCCUCGCAGAGGCUCUUGCACAGGCCCAGGAGCGUUGUGCAAAUUCCCGCUCCCAAAGCUCUGAUCUCGGGCCUCUCACAGAGCUAGAGGAAGCCUCCCGCUCAUGGAAAGGUGCAGCUCAGGCCAUGGCCAGGCUGAGAGAGAGGGGCCGGGACGGCUGCCUGGCAGGCAUCCAGGUUCAGCAACUCUUCUGCUCCAACAACACCACCAUCCCUGAGCACCAGCUGAAGGAGCUCAACAUGAAGAUUGACAAUGCUUUGCAGGCCUACAAAGCAGCGCUAGAGAGUCUGGGCCAUAGUGAGUAUGCACUGAAGGCCGGCUUUCAUCUUAACCCCAAAGCUGUGGAGGCAGCCUUACAGGGCUGCUGCAGUGAGGCGGAGGCCCAGCAGGCGGGCAGGAUGCAGACCACCUCCCAGCCAAUCCAAUGCGAGCUGCCCACCAUCCCUGUGCAGAUCGGCUCACAUUUCCUCAAAGGAGUGUCCUUCAAUGAGUCAGCGGCUGAAAACCUCAAACUGAAAACGCACACGAUGCUGCAGCUCAUUAAGGAGGCGCUGGGCCAGAACGGAGUGACCCCCAGGGACGACUCUCCCGUCACCGAGGUCCUCAACCAAGUCUGCCCAUCCAGUUGGAGAGGAGCCUGCAAGACAGCUGUCCAGCUGCUGUUUGCCCAGGCUGGUCUGGUGGUUGUUGAUACAGCUCAGAUUGAGAACAAGGAGGCCUAUGCUCCCCAGAUCACUCUUGAGGGUGCCAGGGUGGUGGUCCAGGUUCCCUCUACAUGGUGUCUGAAGGAGGACCCAGCCACUAUGUCCCUGCUCCAGCGGAGCUUGGACCCGGAGAAGACGCUUGGUCUGGUAGAUGUGCUCUACACGGCAGUGUUCGACAUCGACAGAUGGAAGGAGAGAAAAGAGCAAGCCUUGCCCACUAUUCAGAUACAGCUUCAGCGGGAGAGCCCAGACUAUGGCGUUCAAGCAGACCUGCCUCCAGGCACAACCUCCAAGAUGUCCAGCGGAUUGCCCAAAACAAUAUCCAAGCUGACUUCUAAGUUUACCAAGAAAGUCUCAUCCAGCUCUAAUAGUGGGGGCAGUUACUCCAUCCCUAGUACCCCAUCUCGCAGCAUGCUCACGACCAGUAGCUCUGAGGAUAAGGCCAAGAGCCUGGGCCACAGUGACGGGAGGCUACAGAGCAUCCUGCAGAUGAGCAGCCUGUCCUGCACCCCUGACUCUCCCCAGCAAAGCCAGCUGGCCAACGGCUCCGUGUCCGAGGACCAGGGGAUGAACCUGCCAACAGACCAAGAGAUGCAGGAUGUCAUCGACUUUCUCUCAGGAUUCAACAUGGGAAAAUCCCAGCAGGCUUCGCCCUUGGUCAAGAGGAGGAACUCUGUGGCGUCUGCAAACCCUGCUGAGCUGAAGCCCCCGAGUGGACCUCCACCAACUUCCCAGUCUAUCUCUCACAAUGCCCUGCAGCCCCCAGCUCAAACCCUGCCCCAGGCUCAGCCCCAGCCCCAGCCCCAGGUGGUGCAGAAGCAGCAGCCUCAACCACAACCACAGCCACCUCCUCCACAGCAACAACAGCCUCAGCAGCAGCAGCAGCCCCCUCCUUCAGCUCAACAGCCCUCCCCACAGGCCCUGCAGUACUACCAGCACCUUCUGCAGCCUAUCAGUCAGCAGCAGCCACCUCCUCCUCAGCUUCCUCCUCAACAGACCCCACCCCAGGUCCUGCCACAGCAAAGAGUGGCAAGCAAGUGGCUUGGCACCUCUGGGCAACAGCCUCCACCACAAGGCCCCCCAGCAGGACUGUCACCCCUUGGUCCAAUUGGGCAGUGGGGCUCUCCUGGACUACCAGAUCUGAGCUCGGAUCUGUACAGUCUGGGCCUGGUCAGCACCUACAUGGACAGUGUGAUGUCAGAAAUGCUGGGGCAGAAGCCGCAGGGGCCCCGCAACAACACUUGGCCCAACAGGGACCAGAGUGAAGGAGUAUUUGGAGUCCUGGGAGACACGCUGCCCUUUGACCCAGCAGUUGGCUCUGACCCGGAGUUUGCACGUUACGUUGCCGGCGUCAGCCAGGCCAUGCAGCAGAAACGGCAGGUGCAGCACAUCCGUCGCCCCAGCAACCCGCGCAGCAACUGGCCAAUGCCUGAUGAGCAGCACAGGACCUGGUCCCACCCAGAGUACUACAGUGAGGGAGAAGCCAUGAACAGCAGCUGGUCAGCCAAUCAGGGGGACUCGGCCAGCUCCAGCGACGAGACGUCUUCAGCCAAUGGCGACAGUCUGUUCUCCAUGUUUUCUGGGCCGGACCUUGUAGCUGCGGUUAAACAAAGGAGAAAACACAGCUGUGGUGAGCCGGAGGUGUGCACCCUGCCCUCUCCACCACUGCAUCACAUCGGCGAUGAUAACCAGGACAGCAAAACUAAAACCUGGCCUCCCAAAGCGCCAUGGCAGCACUCCACCCACACCCACACCAACACCAUGCCCAAUCCCAGCUCUUCCUUGUACCAGAUGAACAUCCCUCCUUCCUCCCAAUGGAGUGACUCCAUGCAGAUGCUGCAGUCUCCUGUGUGGUCCACUGCCAGCGACUGCUCCCCUUCCACCGGCAUCUCCUCUGGCUUUCCCUUCACCCAGCAGCAGCAGCAGCAGCAGCAGCAGCAGCAGCAGCAACAGCAGCAGCAACAGCAGCAGCAGCAACACAAACCCAUGACCAAGGGCUUUAAAUCCUUCCCCCUAAAACACGAGCACAGGCCCUCUUACCUUCACCAGUACUGAGGGCAGCCUAAUGUCCAAUAAGACGAGCCGCUGAGUGGGCCGAGCCGCAGGCGUUACAGUCCACACCCACUGAAUUGGAAGAUUUCAAAGCCUCAGAGGCACAAUUAAGCAUACACACUGGCUCAACAUUUUUGUAUCUAUAUUUUUCCAUGUCGAACAUCCCCAUUUGAAAGAGAGACGUAUUUUGAAGUUUUUUGAACUGCCGUGUUUUAACUAGGAAAGGUGCAUGUGUCGUGCUGGCAGCGGUCAGUCUAGUGGUCGUUCCUUUUGUCUGUUGAGCUGACGUCUCCUCAGACAAGAGCUGGAGACGUGCAUGGCCGUCACCCACUUGCUUCUGCAGCUGAACACGAGCGUAAAGGAGAUGAUUACAAGGGGGCAGGGGUUUGAAAUGCUCUCAUUUUGCCCAUUAUAAAUAUACUGUGUCUACAUAGCUGUAACUGCCAAAUCUCACGCAAGAUGACUCAGAAUACAGCUACCAUCUACUGUUUCAUAGCUUGUAAAAUACUGAAGUUGAAAUAUAAAUAUUUAGUUCUUUUUAUUAAGAGGCUUUGAGCAGGCUCAGCAUAAAUAUAGUAAGUCACUGCAGAGGUGUAAUUUGAGAGAAAUACACUACUUUUUCAACAACAGACCAGAGUUAAGAAUUAUAGCAGUAACAAUGUGCCAUGUUGGUAUUCAUAGCACUUGCAGAAUAUUAUUUCUAACCAAAGCGUUGUUCAGAAGAUGAACGGUGCUGAGGAGAUAAGAGGAGGUCUGAGAUUAUUGAUCAACGGUGAAGCUGAACACCCUACUGGACGGGAGCAUUAGGGAACAUCUUCACACCCAGAAGCGCUUUCAGUUCCUCCUUUGUAAUUGGCGAUUGUUUGCUCCAGAUUGACACUAACUCCCAUAAACCUAACUUUUCUUCUGUUUAAUAAUACAAUAUUUUUCUUGUACAAUUAUUGACAGUAUUAAUCUUAUUUUUGUAUUUUCGUAUGUUAUACCAUUACUGUAUGUUAGUAUUCUUGUAGGCAUAUUACAUAAAACAUUAUUUUCCACCUCCCAAUAUGUGAAAAAGCACAUUUUUUUCUUACAGAGUUGAACUACACCAUCUAUCUAUAAAGGUUACCAAAUAUGCCAUGCUAAACACUAAAACAUUGUGUGAUGAGGGUGUUUUCGGGCCCUUGUUUCUUUGGUUUCUAUGGCAAUGGGCUGCAUUUAAAAGCCCAGAAUGUUAUCUUUUUGUGAUGUUUGCGAUGCCAAUGUUGCCUGUAUUUAUGAAAUGACACCAUGUUUUCAGAAAACUAACAUACUUAACAUGUUUACAGAGAAUUGUUUGCUGUAUAUACAUAUAAAUAUAUAUCUUUUUAUAGUUAAUGUGCUUUGCACAAUCAAGAUAUAGGGUUUGUUGCUUUUUGUCUGUGAUCUCUCCCUAACUGUUGCAGCCUUUUUUAAAGACAUCAUUACAGACCUUGGACUGUAACUGUUAGCUUCUCAGCUGUGUCAAAUGGUUUACUAGUGGCUUCUACAAAAGAAAAAAAACACAUAAAAACAUGUUGCCCUGAUAGAAGAUAUGAAGGGGGACUGCUUGGCUUAUGUUGCUUAUUGUUCUCUUGAGCUGGCAACUGAAUCUUUCCAAGUGUACCAGCAAUGCAAAAAAUGAAUAAAAAUGACUAGCAA